AUUUUUUUUUUCGUGUCCGUGUGGAAAGUUGCUCGUUUCUCGGCACAUAUGAGACUAGUGUAGCUUUUUAAAGGACCCAAAAACAAAACUACGUCGUGAAACCGCAGCUAAAGCUAGCAGGGACUUCUGCAGAAUGGGGAGUGAGCCGGGCCCAGUUCAGAUCGUCGAGGUGUCCAAGGAUAACCACUCCUUUACGUUGAACACGGAGGCUUUGGCUCAAAUUUUGUUAGCUCCAGAGGUGCGGGAAAAAAAUGUGGUGGUGCUGUCGGUGGCCGGGGCGUUUAGGAAGGGGAAAAGCUUCCUCCUUGAUUUCAUGAUUCGUUACAUGCACAGAAAGGGUGAUGAGAACUGGCUGGGUAAGGACGACGAGGAACUGACUGGGUUUUCUUGGAGAGGCGGUUCGGAGCCAGAGACGACAGGCAUCCAGCUGUGGAGUGAAGUUUUCUCUGUCCAAAAAAGCGAUGGAACAGAGGUGGCCGUGGUCCUGAUGGACACUCAGGGAGCGUUUGAUGACCAGUCCACAGUGAAGGACUGUGCCACCAUCUUUGCCCUCAGCACCAUGACCAGUUCAGUUCAGAUCUACAAUAUCUCGCAGAACGUUCAAGAGGAUGAUCUGCAGCAGCUGCAGCUGUUCACAGAGUAUGGUCGUCUCGCCAUGGAUGAGAUCUUUCAGAAGCCUUUUCAGUCCUUGAUGUUUUUAGUCCGGGACUGGAGCUUUCCCUACGAAUACUCCUACGGGUUUAAAGGCGGGAAUGCUUUCCUGGAAAAACGGUUACAGGUGAAAGAAGCUCAGCAUCAAGAGCUGCAGACAGUGAGGGAACACAUCCGUUCUUGCUUCACCAAGAUCUCCUGCUUCUUGCUGCCUCAUCCUGGAUUGAAGGUUGCCACCAGUCCUUUUUUUAAAGGACAACUUCAUGACGUGGCCCCAGAAUUCAAAGAGCAGCUGGAGAUUUUGAUUCCUAAACUGCUGCAUCCCAACUACCUGGCUGAGAAAGAAAUAAACGGAAACAAAGUCACAUGCAGAGGCUUGCUUGAGUUCUUUAAGGCCUAUAUUAAAAUAUACCAAGGAGAAGAUUUGCCAGAGCCAAAGACUAUGCUCAUGGCUACAGCCGAGGCCAACAACCUGGCAGCUGUGGCAACAGCUAAAGAUCAGUAUAACAAGCAUAUGGAGAAGAUUUGUGGAGGAGACCUGCCUUAUAUGGAUCCCAACUCGCUGGAGGAGAAACACCGUUUUUUCUACAGAGAAGCUAUCCACACGUUUGCGUCCACCAAGAAAAUGGGCGGGCAGGAGUUUUGUGACCGAUACCAGCGGCAGCUAGAGCAGGAGCUGGAGGACAUGUGGCUGUCUUAUGGCAAACAGAAUGAGGCUAAAAACCUCUUCAGCGCCUUCCGAACCCCCGCCGUGCUCUUUGUGCUGAUCUGCUUCCUCUACAUUCUGUCUGGCUUGUUGUUUUUUAUCGGCCUGUCCACCUUCGCCGUGGUGAGCGACUGCACUCUGGGCUUGGUCAUGGUGGCCAUGCUGACGUGGGCCUUCAUCCGCUACACUGGCCGUUACCAGAAUGUGGGCGGGACCAUCGACCAGGCCGCAGGUGUCGUCCUGGAGCAGGCCACCGUGAUGUUAAAUAAGUCAAGAGGGACAGACGUCAAUUACCAGAAGAAAUCCAGCUAAAGGACCUCUGAACCCUCACAAUCUCCCAAUUGAAAGCGAAUGCCACACACCACAAGCACACGUUCUGAAGCCUUAUCAUCCACAGUGACUCUGGGUCACCACACCGGGUCGGUUCACCAGCAUCUCUGUCCUGCAGAUCACUCAGCCUGGUAAAGUCCAGGCUCAAAGGCAGCCACUUCAAUACCCUCUGAUCGGUCUUAUUUCCAUAAAACACUGCCGGUAUUUAACGAGUUUACAAGCUGAACUUAACAGACAAGUCUCUGUUUACCUUUAAAUGUCAUUACAAUCCAGUUUUUAUUACCUGCAGCGUCUCACUAG